AGCGGUUAGGCGCCAUUUCAUUGCGGAGUUUGUUCAGCGAUCAUUCGGUGGAACUGCAGCGUCAACAGCGGUGGAGAAAAAAAAAUAUUGGAUUCUAGCAGCACCCCGCCUUCAGCCCCAUGGAAGCGGCCAUCAACCCACCUCACGACAGCUCUCUGGUCGGGUUGUCCAGUGGCGUGAUGGAGCAGCACAGCAGUUCAGGCAAACGGAUUCGCAAGCCGUCCCUGUUGUACGAGGACUUUGAGAGCCCCUCCCUGCCGCACACGAUGCCCCAAGGCCCCCCCGCGCCCCCACAGCCCCCGGUGAAGGAUCCCAGCCGGCCGGGCCGCAUGACCAACCAGCUGCAGUACCUCCAGAAGACCCUGAUGAAGGUCCUGUGGAGGCACCACUUCUCCUGGCCUUUCCACGAGCCCGUAGACGCCUACAGGCUUAACCUCCCGGAUUACCAUAAAAUAAUCAAACAGCCGAUGGACAUGGGGACCAUCAAGAAGCGUUUAGAAAACAACUUCUACCGUAGCGCAAGCGAGUGCAUACAGGACUUCAACACGAUGUUCACCAACUGCUACAUCUACAACAAGCCGACCGAUGACAUCGUGCUGAUGGCUCAGUCCUUAGAGAAGAUCUUUCUGCAGAAAGUUGCCCUGAUGCCACAAAAGGACGUCGAGCUUCCUCCUCCAGCUCCUCGGAACAAAAACAGCAGAGGACGAGGUCGCAAGUCCAGCACGUCGAGGGCUCAGCAGGUGCCGGCCGUGUCCCAGUCGGCCUAUUCCCCUUCGUCCUCAGACACCGGGGACUCGAUGUUGGCCAACUCCCCCCAGACCGUGCUAACGAAAAGUCUGCCUCCGGCCAACAUCAUGGGUCUGCCCCCUACGCAGCCCACCACUAAGAAGAAAGGAGUGAAGCGUAAGGCAGACACCACCACCCCCUCCACCAUGGGUUACACGGUCGCCAUGUCAGGAACGCAGCACAUGGUGGGCCUGGGCAAGGGGGGACACGGGGGUCAGGUCCACGACACCUCCAUGCACACCAUCUCCAUGAGCCUGGAGACCCCGCCUGGGAUGGGCCUGGUCCGGAGCCCCGGGGGCCCCGUCCUGCUCCAGCCCAUGAUGGCCGGCGCCGGGCGCAGGGUGGGCAGCGGGCGCCCCAUCAAGCCUCCGAAGAAGGACCUGCCCGACUCUAUCCGGCCCCUGCCCUCGAGGAAGGGCAAGCUGAGCCCCCAGCUGAGGUACUGCAGUGGGCUGCUGAAGGACAUGCUGUCGAAGAAGCACGCCGGGUACGCCUGGCCUUUCUACGUGCCCGUGGACGCCAGCGCCCUGGGGCUUCACGACUAUCACGACAUCAUCAAGUGUCCCAUGGACCUCAGCACCAUCAAGAGGAAGAUGGACUGUCGCGAGUACAGGGACGCUCAGCAGUUUGCCAGCGACGUCAGGCUGAUGUUCUCCAACUGCUACAAGUACAACCCCCCCGACCACGACGUGGUGGGGAUGGCACGGAAGCUGCAGGACGUGUUCGAGUUCCGCUUUGCCAAGAUGCCAGACGAGCCGCCGAUGGAGCACACGGCCAUGUCCAUGAGCGGGCACCCGUCCUCCUCGUCGUCCUCCUCCUCCUCGUCCUCCUCCUCGUCCUCCUCCACGUCUGAGAGCGAGCUGAGCAGCGAGAGCGAGGAGAGCGAGAGCAGCCCCAGCUCGGACAGCGAGGAGGAGCGAGCUCAUCGCUUGGCCGAGUUACAGGACCAGGUGUGCACACAACUGAGAGCCGUGCACGAGCAGCUGGCCGCCCUCUCACAAGGCCCCAUCGUCAAGCCCAAGAAGAAGAAAGAGAAGAAGGACAAGAAAGAGAAGAAGAAGAAGAAGAAGCUGGAGAAGCGAAGUCGGGCCGUCCGAAGCAGAGCAGGCUCUGAGGAGUGGAAGAUGCCCGGCAAGAUGCUGAAGAGCAAAUCCGCCAAAACAGGGGGGUCCCAGGCCAAGAAGAGCCAGGGGGGGAAGAAGAGCAACAAGAACAGCAAGGCCGCAAAGAAGCCCUUCUACCCGCCACUGGCCCCGACCAUGCUGCCCCACUACGACUCGGAGGAAGAGGAGGAGAUCGUGCCCAUGUCCUACGACGAGAAGCGGCAGCUCAGCCUCGACAUCAACAAGUUGCCGGGCGAGAAGCUGGGCCGCGUGGUGCACAUCAUCCAGUCCCGGGAGCCCUCGCUGAGGGACACCAACCCGGAGGAGAUCGAGAUCGACUUCGAGACACUCAAGCCGUCCACUCUGAAGGAGCUGGAGCGCUACGUCAUGACCUGCCUGAGGAAGAAGCCGCGGAAGCCUUACGCCGAUCAAGCAGGGAAGAAGGGCACGGUGGGGAAGUCUAAAGAGGAGCUGACUCUGGAGAAGAGACGGGAGCUGGAGAGGAGGCUGCAGGACGUCAGCGGUCAACUCAAUUCAGUCAAGAAGCCCACCAAACCUAAAGCGGAGAAGCCCAGCGCUGUGGAGACCCACGUCCAGCCCUCUCGCCUCAGCGGCAGCAGCUCCAGCUCGGACUCGUCCUCCUCCUCGUCCUCGUCCUCCUCCUCAGACACCAGUGAUUCAGACUCCAGUUGAGAUCUCGCAGCGAAAAAAAAAAGGCGGAGAAGCAAAAAAAAACACUAAUAACUCAGGGACCUGGGCUGGCCCAGGACACGUCGCACCCUGAACCAGUAGUUUGUCCAGAUAUUAAACGUCACAGUGAAAAAAAAAACACUAAAAACUAAAAAAAAAAAAAAAAUCCAUGUGGACUCCUCUGAUGUUUUGAAUGUGGGACGUGAAGCGUCGUCUCUGUAGAUAAUCAUUCAACCCAAACACUAAAUGCCUUGGUUUCCCCCCCCCCCUCCCUCCCUCCCUCCUCCCUCCCCUCUGUAAAUACUUGUACAAAUUUAUGUUUCUUUUAUAAAGAAGAUUUUUAUGGUGAUCCCCCAAAGAGGGAGGUGGAGUAAAUUAAUAAAACAAAAAAAAGAAAAGAUGAGGGAAGAAAGGCCUUACUCCACACCUGCUGCGUCCUCUGUGGACGGAGGAAUGGAAGAGUUUCUUUUCGCCAACAUUUCCUCAGAAACAAUCCGUUAAGUAAUGAGCCUUGCUUUUCUAACCUCAUUUACGUUCGGACGAACCCCCCCAGACUCGGCCUUAAUGAUCCUGAUUGUUUGAUUGAUAAUGGUUGAAUCAUGUGGAGGGAUCUGACGUUGUGAUUCCCUCCGGAGGUCGAAGGUCAGGCGGUCUGGUCUGGUCCACGUUCAGGUCGGCGACCUCCACGCUGCAGUCAGUUUACACUUCUACAGUAACUGUUUGACAUACUGUAAUUUAGCACCACACGUUCAUUCACUUCGGCUCACCAGCCACUUUAAGACUGAGCUGUCUUAGAAACACGACACUAGCUGAAGUACUCUGUGCAGUAUUUCAAAAAAACUAUUUAAAAAGACUUUGUUGUUGUCCUCCUUGGUCAUUUCACCGAAACUGUAACAGAAGCGUCUGUUUCAGGCUACUGAACGUUCUCGGAUUUAUAGCGCAGGUUUCUCUGCUGAACAUGUCGAGUGUUUCAGAUCUCUGCAAAGGUUUCUUGAGAGGAACUGGAAAAAAAAAAAGAAAAACGAUGACGGCCAACUGAACCGAAGCAGAAAACGGGACAAAUAAAGAGAGGAGUCCUCGUGGUCCAUGCUUAGCUGAAGCUACUGUUGAAUGUUCAGUGAACGAUAUAUGCUUGUGUAUAUAUUCAACUGUAUUUGCUGUUGCACAGACUAUUGUAUUUCUGCUGUUGGGUCUUCUUUUUUAUAACAGUUGACUUGUUUUUUUUGUUUUUUUUUUUUAAACAUCUCUCCUCAUUCCAGUUCUUUGUCUCAGUUGUUCCCUGAAACGCCGCUGCCUCCGGUCCAGCAGGAUGUUUCUUCUCAGAAGUAAACCUUUCAUUUGAGAACUGUGUUUAUUAAAAUAAUCCGUAGAACUAA